GGUUCAGCCGGGCCCGUUCCAACUGUGAGAGGCGGCCAUUUUCGGGAAGAGUUGAUAAACCAACGAAUCCUCUUCUCCCGCGAAGAACGAGGCCGGAGGAACCGCAGAGGAAGAGGCGUCCUCGGUCUCAACCUGUCUGGCCGCUUGAGUGGCGAGAAGGAUGCUUUCUUUUUCUACCACGGUGCAGCCCCAGGUUACAGUUUCUUUGAGCCACCUCAUAAAUGCAUUUCAUUCACCCAAAAGUUUAACACAGUCUUUCAUCCCAACAUCCACCCAGUCUGUGCAGAAAGAAGCACCACCUGAACAUGAUGUGUUGAGCCCUGAACCAUUACUUAAUCUACGAGACCUAGGAUUGGGUGAUUUGAAAAUUAGCCAACUUGAUGAAGUACUGAACAAACUGAUUCCUGGCUUUGGCGAAGAAAAUAAAAUACCCUCACAUUGGCAAACGUCAUAUGUAUCAGCAGAGUCUUUCUUUGAAAAUAAAUAUGGUUUUGCAGAUACAUUUAGGGUCUUACGUUCCUCUUACCUCUACAGACAGCAUCUUAAUCCUCCCCAGAGUAUAUGUUCCAGUCUUCAACAUUGGCCAGUUUUCAUUCCGUCUCGGGGUUUUAAGACUCUGAAAUCAAGAGCAAGACGGCUACAGUCCACAUCAGAACAUUCAGCAGAAGCAGAAGAUGUAGCUCCCUCAUUUGUAAAGGGUCUUUUACUGAGAGAGAAAGUAUCUGAGAUUGAAAGUUUAGACAAACUGAUGAAAAGAAAAAACAUACCUGAAGCUCAUCAAGACGCUUUUAAAACUGGGUUUGCAGAGGGCUUUUUGAAAUCACAGGCACUUGCACAGCGUACAAUUGAUUCCUUAAGACGAACUCGAUUAUUUGUCUUUCUAGCAGUGUUGUUUGGUAUUUAUACUGUGUUAAAAAGCCAGUUCUUACCUAAAGGCUCGUUUUCUGAUGCUGUUCGUUUCCGAGCAAGUUCUGGGCUUGAUGCAGCAGUGGAUCCAAUUCAAAUGAAAAAUAUCACCUUUGAACAUGUGAAAGGGGUAGAUGAAGCUAAACAAGAGUUACAGGAGAUUGUAGAAUUUCUGAAAAAUCCCCAGAAAUUUACCAUUCUAGGAGGUAAACUCCCUAAAGGUGUUCUGUUGGUAGGCCCACCUGGUACUGGCAAAACUCUGCUUGCCAGGGCUGUAGCAGGAGAAGCUGAUGUUCCCUUCUAUUACGCUUCUGGGUCUGAGUUUGAUGAGAUGUUUGUUGGAGUGGGAGCCAGCCGUAUUAGAAAUCUAUUUAAGGAAGCUAAAGCAAAUGCACCUAGUGUUAUAUUCAUCGAUGAGUUGGAUUCGGUUGGUGGCAAACGAGUUGAAUCUCCAAUGCAUCCUUACUCAAAGCAGACUAUAAACCAGCUCCUUGCUGAAAUGGAUGGCUUUAAGUCUAAUGAAGGAAUCAUUAUCAUUGGUGCAACAAAUUUCCCUGAAGCACUAGAUAAUGCUUUGUUACGCCCUGGCCGCUUUGACAUGCAAGUUACAGUUCCCAGACCAGAUGUCAAGGGACGAACAGAAAUUUUGAAAUGGUAUCUGAAUAAAAUAAAAUAUGAUAAGUCCAUUAAUCCAGAAAUCAUUGCAAGAGGGACAGUAGGAUUUUCCGGAGCUGAAUUGGAAAACCUUGUGAAUCAAGCUGCAUUAAAAGCAGCAAUUGAUGAAAAGGACAUGGUUACUAUGAAGGAGCUAGAAUUUGCAAAGGACAAAAUUGUCAUGGGUCCUGAGCGUAGAAGUGUAGAAAUUGGUGACAAAAAUAAAACAAUUACAGCAUAUCAUGAAUCUGGGCAUGCCAUUAUUGCAUAUUACACUAAAGAUGCUAUGCCAAUCAAUAAAGCCACAAUUAUGCCACGAGGACCAACACUUGGACAUGUUUCCUUGUUGCCAGAAAGUGACAGAUGGAAUGAAACUAGGUCUCAGCUGCUUGCCCAGAUGGAUGUCAGUAUGGGAGGAAGAGUAGCAGAAGAACUCAUAUUUGGCAGUGAUCACAUCACAACAGGUUCUUCUAAUGACUUUGAGAAUGCUACUAGGAUAGCACAACUCAUGGUAACCAGAUUUGGAAUGAGUGACAAGCUUGGUGUUAUGACUUAUAGAGAGACAACAACUUUUAGCCCCGAUACCCAAUCUGCAAUUGAACAAGAAAUAAGAUCUCUUUUAAAGGAUUCAUAUGAACGGGCAAAGAGUAUCUUGAAGGCCCAUGCAAAAGAACACAAGAAUUUAGCAGAAGCUUUAUUAACCUACGAGACCUUGGAUGCCAAAGAAAUUCAGAUCGUUUUAGAAGGCAAAAAACUUGAAGUGAGAUAACUUCCUUGUCAAGCUGUCUAACAGUCAAAGUAGUGGCCAUUUUAUACAGUGUAACUUUCUUUCCUGCUGGAUGUAUGUGUGCUAAUAAUCAUAUUUUCAAAAGAUAAAACAACUUGUCUUGUGAGCUUUUGUUCCCCUUACAGGUAGUCCUCACUUACUGAUUACAGUUGAAACCAACAGCUCUGUUGCUAAGUGCUGCAGUCACUAUGUGAAAAAUCAUGACUCUGUCAGAUUUAUGAUGUCACUUCCAUUUUUGGUUGCGAACAAAUGUAAGAGUCAAAAAGGCAAAUCUGGGAGGUGGAGUUAAACGUCAUCAGUUUAAAAUCCUUGCAUUGCCACAAGAGAUCCAAGUCCAGCCCUUCUUGAAUUCUGAUGAUCCUUAUCUAGCACUAAUUUAGUGCUGAUCAUUAGUUGACCAGAUUCUUUUCUAUAGGUUGGACUAAAUCUUCUAUGCUGCAACUUUAUGAAUAAUCCUGAUUCUUCACUGCUUUAAUUAAGCGAGACAUCGUGUGAUUGAUUGGGUAUUACAAUUUCACUUCCAUGUUCUCCAUUCUGCUGGUUGAAAGUCGGUUGUGACGCUUGCAAAUAGUGGUCACAUGGUCAUGGGAUACUGAAACAAUUGUAAAUCUGAGGAUUGGUUGCAAAGAUAUUUUUCUUCCAGCUACUGUAACUUCAAG